AUGGUAGGUUUCUACAGGAUUUCAAUUUCAGGAUUUGAGUUAAUAACCAAACCCUUAUAUAAGGCCUUAAAUGGUCUCGACACUCAUCCAUUUGAACUAACAGAAGAGAAAUAUGAGGCUUUUCAGAAGAUUGUGGAAAUAAAAAUAAAGGCUCCUGUAUCAGGAAUGCCUAAUCUAGACAAGUCUUUCACUCUGUUUGUAGCAGAGAAACAAGGAAUAGCUGGGCCCGCCGGCGUGGAGACGCUCCCGCGCGGGCCACGGCCGCGCAGGCGCACUCGGGGCGCCUGCGCCAAGCCGCGCCUUAUUUUCUCGCGUGUCCGGAGUCCGCGGUUUGCGAAGUGCCGUUGGGCCUCUCAGGUGCUUAAAGUCUGGGGUCGCGGACCCCUACCAAGAUUCAGCAGCACGGAGGUGCAGAGUAUCGCGGAGGGGCCGGGGCCGGGGCCGGGGCCGGGCGCUGCUGGCGGCGUGCCCCGCCCCGGGGCUCCGGGCCCUGCCGCGGCGCGGGCCCGAACUCCAGCCACUGUCGGGGCCCCGGCCUCGCAGUUCACCCUGCUGGUGAUGCACUCGUGUGGGGCGCAGGACGAGGCUGCAGCCGAGGGCGUCCUGAGGCCGGCCCAGGGCUCGGGGGGCUGCGUCGGAUCGGGCAAGCCUGUUAGGUACCUGUGUGAAGUGGCAGGGGAUGCGGACGAGGAGGCAGGGGAGGACGAGGCUGACUUGCUGGACACUUCGGACCCCCCCGGGGGUGGCGAGAGCACGGCUAGUUUGGAGGAUCUGGAGGAUGAGGAGACCCACUCAGGGGGCGAGGGCGGCGGCGGAGCAGCGCGGAGGCGAGGCAGCGGCGGGAGCGGCACGAGCAAGACUUGCACGUAUGAGGGCUGCAGCGAGACCACGAGCCAGGUGGCCAAGCAGCGCAAGCCGUGGAUGUGCAAGAAGCACCGCAACAAAAUGUACAAGGACAAGUACAAAAAGAAGAAGAGCGACCAGGCCUUGAAUUGCGGUGGGGCCGCCUCAGCCAGCAGCACCGGAAACGUUAAACUGGAGGAAAGUGCAGAUAACUUACUCUCCAUUGUUAAACAAAGAACUGGAUCUUUUGGGGAUCGUCCUGCAAGACCUACUCUUUUAGAACAAGUGCUAAAUCAGAAGAGACUGUCAUUACUGAGAAGUCCAGAAGUAGUGCAGUUUUUACAGAAACAGCAACAACUAUUAAAUCAGCAAGUUUUGGAGCAAAGACAGCAGCAGUUCCCAGGAGCACCAGUGUGAGGGAACUUAUCAAGAAUAUCUACAUGUUUUUUAUCUUAUUGUAAUAGAUGAACAUAUUUUUAUACUAAAGAUCAAUGGUAAGAUAUGCCAGUAGAACAUACACAUUUCCUGUAAAUGUAUGUGAGCAUUUGAGGAUAAAUAAGUAUUGCACUUUGUGCAUUUGAUCCUUUCAUAUCAUCGUAAGUUUGAAGAAAUUGGCUUAUCUUUCCAAAGAAACAUUUAAUUACAGUGGUUUUUAAAAUAUGUUUCUCUUCAGUCAUUGUUACUGAAGAUAAUGAAACAGUUACUUUCUGUGGAAGUCAUGAAGUUAAUAUAUAAUAGUCUUGAAUAAUCUAAGUCAGUGGUUCUCAUCAACUGGCAUUUGGAAAUGUUUGAGUAUGGUUUUCAGUUGUCACAAUGACUUUGAAGACUGUGGGAUUUUAGUGUGUGGGCCAAGAAAGCUAGAUGUUCUGCAGUUCCUUGCAUAGUCCCACUUGACUAAGAAUUAUUUCACCCACAAUGCCAAUAAUACUCCUCUUAAAACACUGAUAGCUACUUGUGGUGCUAACAUGUAGUUGGGGAACCUAGAAUUGAGUUUUCAUAAUAACCUUUCUUUGCAGUUAAUACUGGAGCUGUCAAAAGAGGUAAGCAUGUUUUGUAUCUCUAAGGAAAGUGGGCACUGUUUGCAUGUUAAAUCAAAGAUGUGUUGGUAAAACCUAAAAGAGGGACUAAAUAUAGUGGAACAAAUGCUUCUCUAAAGUCAGCCUGUCAAUUUCCUGUUACCUUUCAGUGUUGCUCUCUCUUAAAGCAGACACUCUUAUAUGUUGAAUUGUAAACAGGAUAGGUGGAUCUCAGCCCACCAAUGACAGGGCAAAAUUAUUUUUCUUAUAUUCAUUUUUUAUUAAAAAAAUUAAAAGGAGGUCCUGCAACUAAGAAUAACACUCCAGCAUUUUGUCAGUGUUUUUCAAAAUUGAGCUAUUUUACAACCAUGUUGUUCCUAAAUACUGUUUAAAGAAUGAUAGCUUAUCUGGAUAGAUACUUUUUUAUUGUAUUUUCUCCUAGGAAAACCCUAAAAAGGCAAACCUACUAAUAAGAGUAACAAGUCAAAUGUUAAAAGAGUAUAUUCAAGUAUUAGGAUAAUAAAUAUAUGUGUCUCAAUAUGAAUUGUGCAGAAGUUGUGAAUUUUGUGGGUUUUAAGCUCUGAAAUAUGUAUCAUGUUAAAGUCAAUCAUGGCUGUUCUAAGAAGUACUUGUAGAGAGAAUGUUAAUUUUUUAAUGUGUGUUUUAUACUUAUAUAUCUGUGCAUAAACAGUGUUAUCAAGAUUAUUCAUUAAAGUCCAAUUUUAUUGA